CACCUUUUCGGGUUGUAGUCCGCCAUAAAACCCACAGAAGAAGUGUUUGUUUUGACUGCUAGCAUACUGCUGGAAAGUUAGCUAGCGCAAGAAAACGAAUGCAUGAUUCUUGAAGCGAUAUAUGGUUUGAAUUUAGAUAGUAUAAUAAGAUAAACUAAUACGUAUGAUUUUUGUUUAAGAUAAUGUAAGUAGCCCCCUUUCUAGGAACGCGUACGUUAGCUAGCUAGUAGGAACUGCUAUGUACAGUUCCAGUCAACUUGAAUGCAUGACCUGCUGAGUACUAACGUUAGCUAACUAGAUAAAUAAGAUGGCAAACUCCACUAAGGUGUUAUAGUUUAUUGUAAACUGUAAACAUUACCUAGCCUAUUCGUUUACUUGUGGACCGUGAUGGCUGCAAACAAACUUCAUAAACGCUAACUAGCUAGCUGAUAAAAGCUAGCUAGUAACGUAGCUAGCUUAGCUACAUAUCUCGCUGCGUUGAUCAGAUGUCAACUAUGCCAUGGACAGUAAGCUGUUCAACACCGUCAACUGAAUCAUUUCUAUCCACGUCCGUUUAUCAACUGUGAGCUAAGUCGAUCAAAAUGAGGAUCCUAAGGGCCUUGAUGAGUAACGCCGCCUCCAUGGGGAAGCAUAUUGAUUACUACUCCAGAUUCUCCCCUUCACCCCUCUCGAUGAAACAGUUCUUGGACUUCGGGUCUGGUGAAAAUGCAUGCGAGAAAACAUCGUUUACAUUCCUCAGACAGGAGCUACCUGUGAGGUUGGCAAAUAUAAUGAAGGAGAUCAACUUGUUACCUGAUAAUCUGCUAAAGACUCCAUCAGUCCGGUUGGUCCAGAGCUGGUACAUGCAAAGUCUUAAAGACAUCAUUGAGUUCAAGGAGAAAGAUGCUGAUGAUGAGAAAGUAACAUAUGAUUUCACUGAUGCUGUUAUAAAGAUCCGAAACCGUCACAAUGACGUCAUCCCGACCAUGGCCCAGGGGGUUGUGGAGUACAAGGAGACCUAUGGCACAGACCCCAUCGUCAGCCAGAAUGUUCAGUAUUUCCUGGAUCGCUUCUACAUGAGCAGAAUAUCCAUCAGGAUGCUGCUUAACCAGCACACCCUGCUCUUUGGCGGGAAAGUGAGGGUAAACCCAGCUCAUCCUAAACAGAUUGGCAGUAUUGAUCCGCACUGCAGUGUUACUGAGGUAGUCAGGGAUGCGUAUGAAAAUGCAAGAAACCUUUGUGAUCGGUAUUACAUGAACUCUCCCGAGUUGGUACUGGAAGAAUUCAAUGUGAAAGAUGAUGGAAAGCCUCUGACUGUAGUGUAUGUGCCAUCCCAUCUCUACCACAUGGUAUUUGAACUUUUCAAGAAUGCCAUGAGGGCCACCAUGGAGUUAUAUGGCGAUUCUAUGGACUAUCCUCCUGUACAUGCCCAGGUUGCCCUGGGGAGUGAAGACUUGACAGUUAAGGUGAGCGAUCGUGGAGGAGGGGUCCCUCUGAGGAAGAUCGAGAGGUUGUUCACCUACACAUACUCCACCGCCCCCCCACCCAGCAUGGACGGCCAACGCAGCCCUCUGGCUGGCUAUGGGUACGGCCUGCCUAUCUCUCGAUUAUAUGCCAGAUACUUCCAAGGUGAUUUGAAGCUGUACUCUCUGGAGGGCUAUGGCACCGAUGCUGUGAUAUAUAUCCGGGCAUUGUCCACGGAGUCCAUCGAGAGGCUUCCUGUCUACAACAAGUCAGCCUGGAAGCACUACAAGACCAUGCACGAGGCAGACGACUGGUGUGUUCCAAGCAAGGAGCCCAAGGACAUGACAACAUUCCGUAGUUUUUAGGCCUAGAUGCCUCCUGGUUAGACUAUUGUCAUUUGCUAGAUGAUUUACUGUACAUUCAUUGUUUUGGUUGUAGUUGCUGAAUGAAUUGCUUUGUGUGAGUGAUGCUAUAGCUGCUCCACUUUGGGAAGCAAUAGGUCAAAAACCUUUGCACUUUUACUGGUUGCAUGUAUACGUAACUAACAAAAAUGACAGAGCAUAGUUCUAGUGCAAUACAUUUAAUGUGAACAAUAGAUUUUGGUGUUUUGAUCAAUAGAGUUCCUUGACAGUCAUAUAUGCAAUGGUUUAAAGAAGUGAGUAUUUAUCAUCACUAAAUUGUAUAAACCCAUUCUGGAAGUGUUGCUUUGUCAAAACUGCCAUGUUUAUACCAUGUGUAUUAUGUGAAAGGAUUGCUUGGUUUCUAGCAUUUUGCUGAAAGGGAAAAAGAGUGAAUGUUGCUUGUUAUUUUUACUGAGUGUUCUCCACGGGCUGAAGAUGUUUGUUACAAAGUUGUGCAGCUACGAGGUCUUUUUCCAUGUCCUUCGCUAUCGUUGAAGGAAUGUUAUUAUCUUGACAGUAUAGAUGGAGUACAUAUUUUCUCUGUCCUACAGCUAUACAUGACGGAAGAGAAAUACAGAUAAAACUUGUUCUCACCAUUGAGAUACGUUUGAGGUGCAGUGUGGUUUCAUUGACUCAACCUUUCAAGAGAUAUGUGUUAUUUCUGUCAAGUGUUGUUGACCUUAUUAAAGUGUACGUUAGUGGAACAUCCAUCUCAUGAAUGCGGAAACCAUUAGACCUCCCAAUUAAAGCACAAAAUACACCCACAACG